UGUUUUAUUAUAUGUGACUUGCAGACACACCCAUUUUGCACACGUCACUUAAACACAGAACCAGGAAACAACAAUCUCCUGAGUUCAAAGAAAGAGAAACUUAAGAGAUUCAUGUUUCCUACAUAGCUACACUUGAGUUCAGGGAAAGAGAAACUUAAGUGUAUGUGAGCUGUUGUGACUUUCUCUGGAUGAUGGAUGAACAUGUAACCACAACACUGUAUCAGCUUCAACACAGAGGACAGAGAAACAGCGCUCUGCAAAGACAGCAGUGGAGGACAGUGAGAGGAUCUUUGGUGAGUUCAGCCGCUCUGAGGCCACACAGCGGAUCAGGGGUCAAAAAAAGGCUGCGGUGAGCAGGAGAUCAAUGAUCUGAGGAGGACAGACGCUGAGCUCGAGCAAAUUUCACACACAGGAUCACAUUCAUUUCCUGCAGUCAUAUUCAGCAACAUGGAUCCCAGGACCAGAAAGGACUUCCUACAAUAUUCCCAUCAGCUCACUCUGGAUCUGAACACAGUGAAUAAACACCUCCAUCUGUCUGAGAGGAACAGAGUGAUUACUGGUACUCUCACAGAGCAGCCGUAUCCUGAUCAUCCAGACAGAUUUGAUGGAUAUAAUCAGCAAGUGUUGUGUAGAGAAAAAGUGCGUGGACGCUGUUACUGGGAGAUUGAGUGGAGUGGGAUGUUUGGUGUGGAUAUAUCAGUGUCAUAUAAGAGCAUCAGACAGAAGGAAUGUGGUAAUAUGUUUUUGUUUGGAUGUAAUGUUGAGUCCUGGAGUUUGUUCUGUUCUCCCUCCAGAUACUUAUUCAUGCAUAAUAACAUGCGGACUGAGCUACCUGUAAUGUCCAGCCGUAGAAUAGGAGUGUAUGUGGAUCGCAGUGCAGGAACUCUGUCCUUCUACAGUGUCUCUGGAGACACAAUGAGCCUCAUCCACACAGUCCAGACCAGAUUCACUCGGCCUCUCUAUCCUGGGUUUUAUGCUUUUAUUGGAUCAUCAGUGAAACUGUGUUGAUGUAUCAGAAUAGAUUGUAGAGAGAUUCUAACCAUGAUACUUUGAGCUGCAUGAGAAAUCAGUAACAAUGAUUUGUUUAAUGAAGAUGAAUACUUGAUGCAUUAAUACUAAUACUUACUAUUCUAUAAAUAUUAUAAAAUCUUAUAAAUAUUAUUAAAAAUAGAUUAAAAAUUAUUUAAAAAUCUUGCUAAGUGUAUUGUGCUAGACUAAGUGGGAGCCCUGUUGGUUUGAUUGCUUCCUUUGUUCUCCUCAUUUGUAAGUCGAUUUGGAUAAAAGCAUCUGCUUAAAAAAUCAUUUAAUGUAAAUGUAAUCUAUUGUUUUUUUAAGCUGAUGCUUAGAAAUGUUAAUAUACUAUUUAAGAUAAUUGAUUGUAUAUGGAAGUAGGUACAGUACCCCAGUCUAGGGUCGAUGAGGUAACAUAAAUAAAGAGAUCUGAAUCAUUUUCA